AUGGCGCUUGGAGCAGAGGGUUGUCAGAUGCAGGGAAGACAAAGGACCUUGUUGGUCCUGAGCUUUAGUGUACCGACGUCUUGUGGCGUUGGUGUGUCUGUGUCGGGCGGCCAGAUGAUGAUCCGGUCAUGUCAAGUCAACGCUUGGUGGCGCUAUCACAAUCUUUCUACUACUAUCCAUGGCCGAGGCCAACCAAAGCAAGUACGGAAAGGUUACGUUUUGUCUUCCCGUCGGCUGCCGGCGUGCACAUGA